AUGUCGGAAGUUAAAACCCCAUUAGCUAGUCCUCCUGUGAAGAAGUCUAACUGCGAUCUUUUGACUUGGAAAGAUCCAGCAGCUUCUGGAAAAGUGUUUGGAUCCAUUGUGGGAUCUUUGCUGUUGCUCAAUUGUGGCUUGCCUAUUUGGGUCACACGAGAUUUGUUACUAACUGUGUUUUUAGUUUCUGCUCUAGCUGAGUACACUGGUAAGUUCGCCACUGGUCAAGGAUUUGUUACCAGAUUCAAGCCUGCUUACAAGAACGUUGUUGGCAAAUAUGCUGACCAGUACUCUGGUGAGGCCGCAAAAUUGAUCAAGGAGGCAGAGGUCAAAGUCCAAGAAGUUCUUUACUCCAAGGACAUUGAACAAACCUUGAAGGUUGCAGGUAUUGCUUUCAUUUUCUACGAAUUGACCUCUUUCUUCAGUUUGUGGACUUUGCUUUUGACUGCCACUUUGGUCUCCUUCACUGCUCCAGUGAUUUACUUGGGCAACAAGAAACAGAUUGAUGAUGCUGUUGUCACAUACUCCAAGGUUGCUAAGGACAAAUUGGCUGAAUUGUUCGAAGUGUUGAAGGAAAAAGCCGGUCCUCACUUGAAGACCGCUGAGCAAAAGCUCGGACCUGUUGGAUCUUUCAUCAAGUCCAAGGUCCCUGUCAGAACUGCUGGCUCUACCGUUGGUGAAAGCCCAGCUGCUACAAGUGCCACCACUGCUACUACCUCCACUUCUGCUUCGACUACUUUGCCUUCUGUUCCUUCUACUCAUCCAGCUGCCUCCGCUAAGAUUGGUGAAGAGCCAAUCACCAACCCAUUGUCUGUUGAUGACAUCAAGAAGCAAGCUGAGGCUGCUUUGUAG